GGGCGCCUGACCAGGUGAGGAAGCAUACGGGCGGGCGGUGAAGGCAGCCAAGUGCGUGGGACCCAUGCAUAGGAGGACUCCUCUAUCGUUCUUCAUACUUUUGGAGAGAGAUAAAUAACCAUACAGAGGACUGAGCUCUAGAUACUAUGAUAAUUUUCUCCAGUAGUAAACCUUGCUGGGAUAAUGGAAUAUGACUUCAGUCCACUGACCACAAUUCCUGAGAGUCACAUUAAGAAUUCAGUGACCUUUGAAGAUGUGGCUGUGUAUUUCACAGAGGACCAGGGGGCUCUGCUGGAUCAAAAACAGAGAACCUUGUAUGAAGAUGUCAUGGUGGAAAAUUAUGUGAUUGUGGCCUCACUGGGUUUUCUAACCCUCAAGCCUGCCCUUAUCUCUCAGAUAGAACGUGGAGAAGAGCCGUGGCUGCCAGAAACCGCCAAAGUGGAUGAUACAGAGAUAUCUAACACCAAUGCAGAUGAUUCUGUGGAGAACAGUUUGUGCUCUUCGCUGCACGACAAAUACUACAAUGAGGCACACCAGAAAAACCUUAUGGGAAAGGAGUCCUUCCUGUGUGAGACCUGUGGGAACUCUUUCACUAGCUGGCCAGGCCCUGCAACCCCACAGGGAAUGCCCACAACAGAGAGACCUUAUGAAUGCAUGGAAUGCGGGGGACAGGCUCAACAAUCUUCUACUUUCAUGGACCACUGGAGGAUUCACCCAGGAGAAGAGGCCUAUGAGUGCCUAGACUGCAGGGAGCAUUUCCCAUGGUCCUCUGCUCUUGUUAAGCACCAUCAGGACCAGGUUGCCAAUGGGCAUCACCACCAUGUGUGUCUGGAAUGCCAGAAGUGUUUUGCUCAUGAGUUGGGCCUUUUGAGCCACCAGAAGGUCCACCUCCAAGAAAAACAACACAAAUGUUUGCAGUGUGGGGAACAUUUUGCCGACCACCCGGCCUUUGUGAGGCACCAGAGAGCUCACACUGGCAAGAAACCCUACAAGUGCCUCCAGUGUGGGAAGUGUUUUGCGGACAGGUCCCACGUGGUGGCUCACCAGAGGAUUCACAGAGGGAUGAACCCAUUCAAAUGCUCCGAGUGUGGGGAAUGUUUUGACCAGCACUCGACCCUCGUGAGUCACUGGAUGGUCCACACGGGAGAACAACCCUACGAGUGCCUGGAGUGCGGCAAAUGCUUUCCUCGACCCUCGUCUCUCGUGAAGCAUUGCCGCAUCCACACAGCCGAGAAACCGUACACCUGCUUGGACUGUGGGAAGUUCUUUGCCCAGCGCUCAGGCCUGGUUAAACAUCAGCGCAUCCACACGGGAGAGAAGCCUUACGUGUGCUCGGAGUGUGGAAAAUGUUUUGCGGACAGCUCCUCCCUCGCCAGACACAAAAGGGUUCACACGGGAGAGAAGCCCUACAUGUGUUCCGAAUGUGGGAAACGCUUUUCAGACCGAUCCAAUGUCUUGGCUCAUAAGAGAGUCCACACGGGAGAGAAGCCUUACAAAUGCCUGGAGUGCGGAAAGUGCUUCACUCACCGGUCACACAUAGUGAAACACCAGAAAUUUCACCUGAAAGAGAAGGCCUCAAAAUACCAGCCGCCCCUGGAAAAAACCACGCAAAUGUCACCAUUUUCUAAAAUGGUUAAACGUGAACUACUCUGAGCCUUCUGAAGGAUCUUUAUGUUUCAUCCACAUGGGCUUGAUAUCGAUUACUCGUAACCAGGAAUACACAGUUGUAGUUCUGUAAUACCUCUGUUGUUUAACACAUAUGACCCGCCCAUUGGGGAUAGUUUUUAAGGGACAAAAUGGAUGCCUUAAUCUUUGCAGAGGCUAAGACCUUUGCUAUAAUGCCAGGCAUGGUAAUAAAAUCAGUGCUGGCUUUUCUGCAUCAUAUUUAAUUUCCAUUGAAAAGCCCUUGGGUUAGACAAAAUACUGCAGUCACUCAGUGGCAAACUGGUUGACUGAAUUCAUGGCUCCCAGAUCUCAAAUUACAGGUAGUCCUUGCUUAGUGACUGUCUCUAGCAACUAUACAAAGCUAAAAGACAUAAAUAAAAUACCAUGAAGAACCUAUUUAUUUAAAUAAAUUUAAUUUGUUUGCUGCCUAUCUUGCUGUGAAGUGACACUGGGUAGCUUACAACAUUAAAAUAUAUGUGUAUGUGUGUACACAGAGAGAGAGAGAAAGAGAGAGAGAGAGAAAGAUUUCUGUUCACAUUCUUGGAUCUCUUAAUGCUAGAUGUUGUCAUUAAAUAAGUGGUAUUUAUUAGGGUUGUUGUUGUACAACUGCCUUGUCUAUUUCACAGAUUGUUACCCAGGAUGUAGAUGGCGUUGAUCUAUAUUAACAAACCAUUCUAACUAAGCCUGUCAGCUGCCAUAAGAUUUUAUGUUUGCUUGUGCUUCGCUGCUAUGUAGUGACAGACUGCCAUGAACUGUGGGGAGGGGGAAUGAAGGGAGAAUGCUUGGAGAGAUGAAAGUAAGGGCUGUAUCUCCUUGAGAUCACCUGGCUAGAAGAAGGAGGGGGCUGCAUACCAAACUACACUCGGACUGACCAUUAUGAAAACAUCUUGCCUGAACUACGGGACUAGGCAAUAAGAGACUGUUAAGGGAAGGAAAAUUGAACUUAAGGGAUUUUGAUGCACAAUUCUCAGUUCUGGCUUUGCAGUACUGCUAUACACUUGAUCUCUAAUAAAACUAUACCUUUCUCAACAAAUGGAACCAAGGAUUGUUUCUAUUUAGAGGUGUAAGUUGUGGCAGGUCUGACAAAGCCUUUUUAAAGCCAGCAAAACCCUGACUGGAUAUGUUUGGCCAUGAUUGUUCUAAUACUGGAGGUUUUUAAGAAGAGAUUGGACAACCAUUUGUCUGAAAUGGUGCAGGGUUUCCUACUUGAGCAGUGGAGUUGGACCAGAAGACCUCCAAGAUCCCUUCAAACUCUAUAUUCUUUCCUGACAUGAUAGCAUCCAGACUUAUUUAAACUACAACUCUCAGAACUGGCCAUGCUUGCUUGAAGUUCUGGUAGUUGUAGUCCCAAAACACCAAAAGAGAUGCCAGGCUGGGUUAUAUUGCCCUAUGUCAUUAUGGCUUGUGGCAUUCCUUAUUCCUUAUUUCCUCAAAUGAGUCUGAGGAAAGCAAACCAGGGUGUCUGUAGGGAGGCCCUUCUGUUGCUCCAGUUCCAGUGCUGAGAUGCUGAAUCCCUCCCUUUUCUUCCCCAGAUAUUCUGGAAACUGGACUGCAAAUAGAGGAAGGUAAAUGUAAGAAUCACAAUUGCUUGCUAUUUUAAGCUCUGAUGCCACUAACUUUAGAAGAAAUAGAAUACAGCAGGGGUGUCAAACUCAAUUUCAUUGAGGGCCACAUCAGCACUGCGGUUGCCCUCAGGGGGCCGGGUGGGUGCGGCCGACUGGGUGAGCAUGGAUGGAGUGGGUGUGGCUAGCUCUACA